AUGGCGAGCAACGGCAACAGUAACGAUGUACCCCCAGCAGAGUCGGCGGCUGUCAACACAAACAUUGUCACCUUGACUCGUUUCCUCACAGAAGAGCAAGUAAAGCACAAAGAAGCAACUGGUGACUUCACAUUAUUAUGCCAUGCCCUCCAAUUCUCCUUCAAAGCCAUCUCUCAUUAUAUUCGACGUGCCACGCUUGUAAACCUAACGGGCCUCGCCGGACAAUCCAAUGCAACGGGUGACGACCAAAAGAAGCUCGACGUGAUCGGCAAUGACCUUUUCAUAUCGGCUAUGCGAUCAUCGGGGAAGUGCGCGCUGCUAGUGUCGGAGGAAGAAGAGGAAGUUAUAUACUUCAAGGACCACACUGGUGCGCGGUAUGCAGUGGCUUGCGAUCCUAUCGACGGUAGCUCCAACUUGGAUGCAGGUGUAUCCGUUGGAACGAUUUUUGGUGUCCACAAAUUGGCCGAGGGCUCAACUGGCACAAAAGAGGAUAUUCUAAAACCUGGUACUGAGCUGCUAGCUGCGGGAUUCACCAUGUACGGUGCAUCGGCCCAGCUUGUAAUCACCAUGAAAGGCGGUACCGUCAACGGCUUUACGUUGGAUAACUCGUUCGGCGAGUUUAUCUUAACCCACCCGAACAUGCGGAUUCCGAGAAAGAGAGCUAUUUACUCUGUCAACGAAGGUAAUUCGUUAUACUGGGAAGACCACACGAAAGAGUACUUCAAUUCUCUCAAGUUCCCGCAAGGCAAUGGAAAGCCUUACAGCGCUAGGUAUAUCGGUAGCAUGGUUGCUGAUGCGUAUCGAACGUUGUUGUAUGGUGGUAUUUUUGCUUAUCCGGCGGAUAAGAAGAGUCCUAAGGGCAAGCUGCGAAUUCUAUACGAGUGUGCGCCCAUGGCUAUGGUUUUCGAAAACGCCGGUGGUCAAGCCGUCGAUAGCCACAUGAAAAGGAUGCUCGAGGUCGUGCCGGAACAUAUCCAUGAUCGAUCCGGUAUCUAUUUGGGUAGUUAUGAGGAAGUCGAGAAAGUCAAAGGCUUCUAUAAAUGA